GCUCCGACCGCCAUGAUGAUUUCUCUUCUUACGCAUCGCAUCAGAACGCAAAGUACAGACGUUCUGUAAUAAUCCAUACAUUGUCCGUUAAAAGCGCACAGGGAAUGCGAAUUUUCAUCGAGGACGCUGAUUAAGAGCUAUUUUAAUUGUUCGACGGAAUCGCUCGGAGAAUGUAGCGGCUGGAACAAAUUACAAUAACCUAACCUAACCUAACUUAACUAAUUAAUCGAUACAAGUAGGCGGAUUUAGCUAGAAUACAACAACCGAAUGUAAUACCAAGACGGAGAGAUUCCCGUUGUCAUCUAUCCCGCACGAAUGCCUUUGUGCGAAGGAGAUAGCGUGUAAACAAAGCGCGCGCACUCACGAUGAUAUGUGUGUAUCGUAAACAUAACAACUCCGAGUUGCGCGUUCCAAGUAUUUCGGUCUAGCUCGUGACGUCAGUGUUUGUGUAUGUUUUUCUACGAUUUAAGACGCGCGCCGUUGCUACGUGCGUAUUAUCUUUCUACCCUUCGUAGUACACACUCACGAUCAAAGUAGACGGCAACGGAAAUCGUUCUAUAUUACUCUUAAUAGAAUUAAGGGCUACACUCAUAUUUUAAUUCUAUUGUUCGCGUGAUCGUAAUUUCGCGAUUGAGUAUCAUGGAAGAACAGCGAUGGAUCGUUAAAAGGAGGAGGCACGGAAGGCAUCAUUCAAGACAGAGUAACUUUCAAGGUAAAUUUUCGUGCUGCUUUGGUGUUAGUGAAUUUUCGUUCCCUCGUAAUUUCGCUGUAAUUUUCCUCGGUCGUAAUAUAAUAAAGUACGCGUCGCGAAUGCCGGGAGUGCGUAAUGCCGGGAGUGUCGUUUCAAGUACCGCGCGAUCUUCGAUUCGUAUACAUACGCGAGAUUAUAUUUGUGUAUGUGUGUGAGUGCCACAGAAGGAGCAAAACUGAGAGGAUGAGGAGGAGGCCUAGGGGGCAUCAGGCGACGUCGCAGCAGCAUUAUGAGGGCGUGUGCCCGGAUGCUGCGGAACAGCCGACUGCAGAGUUGAUCUUUCAACUAACAAAGAAACGCGCAUCGAGGAGACGCAGAUAGAUACGUACGAGGGCUCGACCGUGCAGCUGCAGUGCCGGUUUCCGCCGAUGCCUCAGAGCGUCUUGUCCUUUUGGCUCACCCACACGAAUCACAACAUCGACAACGCGGCGUUCGGCAACAUCUCAAUGUCGCCGAACUACGAUGUGUUCCUGAAUCUGAAGGAAGGCCGUUACGAUCUGCAGAUCAAGAAUGUGUCCUACGAGCGCGACAACGGCAGAUACGAGUGCAAGAUGAAGGACAGUUCAUCUGGCCGCGACAGUUACAGAAAGUACAUCACGCUGACGGUGCUGAGGGCGCCGAGUCAGCCGACGAUAUCGCCCACCGCCGCACUCGCCAUGGAGGGCCAGCGGCUGGACCUGCAAUGCAACACGUUCGGCGGCAGUCCCGAGCCGGAAGUGAGGUGGUACCGCGGCGAUAGCCGCACACAAGCGCUGCACACCGGCAAGACGCUGUCGAUCGAGCCGAGGCGCGAGGACGAUGCGGUGAUCUACCGAUGCGUCGUGCGAAACCGAGCGAUGCGCGAGGGCGAGACGCUGGAGGCCGCGAUGACGCUCAACGUGAAUUAUCAUCCGCGCGUGACCGUCGGUCCGGCGAAUCCGCUGAAGAUCGAGGUGAACGGCACCGCAAAUCUCGAGUGUCACGUGGACUCGAAGCCGAUGGUGCGCUCGGUCCGAUGGCUGCGCGAGAACGGAAAUUACAUUUCCAUGGACUUCCAGUACGACAUAGCCAGAGUGACUCUGGAGGACGCGGGCAGGUACACUUGCCAAGCGGACAACAAUCUCUCGAAGAAGGGUGAGGCCUAUCUCAUGCUGGACGUGCUUUAUCCGCCAACGGUGUCGAUCGAGGGCGACACCGUUCGGAUAAUUGAUGUGGAGGACACCGUGACGGUGCACUGCAACGUCUCCGCGAAUCCGAUGCCGUCGGUGGUCGAGUGGCUGCGAGACGGCCGACCGGAAUUUCGACAGUCGAGCUCGAUUCUUCGACUGACUCGAGUCACAGCGGAUCACGCCGGCAACUACACCUGUCGCGCGGUCAACACGAUCCACCCCACCGGCGGUGAGCGCAAGAAUUAUACGGCUUUCGCCAGCAUGACCAUCCGAGUGCGGCACAAGCCCGGCCCCGCCAGAAUGACGCCGGACUCGCCAGUAGCUGUCGAGGGCUCGCGAGUGAUAUUAACGUGCAUGGCUAGCCCGGCCGGUUAUCCCGAGGCGCAGUACAAAUGGUGGAAGGAGACGGAGGGUAGUCCUGCGUUAGUCCAGUUGGGGAAUCCCUCCGGCCCCAAGUUCGAGAUCGAUUCCGUGCAUCUUGGUAGCGAGGGCACCUACAGGUGCAGCGCGGUCAACGAGAUCGGCGUCGGCGAAGCCGCGUCUGUAAAUCUCACCGUUCAUCAGCCACCGAAAAUACUGACGAAAUUGCAACCUUAUAUCACGAGAAAAGUCGGCGAGUCGUCGUUCCAGGUAUCCUGCGUAGCGCAGGGCAAGCCGCGGCCUAGCGUGCGCUGGCUGAAGGACGAUCAUGAAAUAACGGCCGAAGAGAGACUCUACAAAGUAUCCACGUCGGCGUCGGAGGGCCACGGCAGCGUAAUAACCGUAAAUUCUACGCUGAGCUUUUUGGGUCACGCUCGCCCGCAGACCGACGAGAUCGUGGCGAGCGAUCGCGGCAAGUACACCUGCGUCUUCGUCAACGAGGUGAAGAAAGUCGAAUCCACGAUGAUGUUCAAGGUGGAACACAAGCCGAUAGUGCUCCAUAAACACGGCAAAGUGGCCUACAAUCUUCGCGAGAACGCGGAGAUCACUUGCAUGGUGCAGGCGUGGCCGAAACCGGAGAUGCAAUGGAGUUACGGCAUGAACGCCGCGACUCUUCAGGGUUCCUCCAGCGACGGCCACUACGACAUCACCGCGUCGAGCUCCAACAACGACGUCUACAUAUCUACUUUGCGAAUGCCCAACAUCCAAGAGUCCGAUUAUGGCAAUUACUCUUGCCGCGCUAACAACAUUCAAGGCAGCGUCACAUCCACCAUCAGAUUGCAGCGCAAGGGAGCACCGGAGAGACCGACUAACGUCUCCGCCAUGGAGGUCGGGCCUACGUACGUCGCUCUAGAGUGGCAAUUGGGCUUCGACGGUGGUCUGCCUAUCACCAAGUACUUCGUUUCGUACAGAAGAGUGGCCGGCGGCGACGAGAUCGUCGCGCCCGACUGCGCACCUCCGCGCGGACCAGCCGGCCAAUGGCUCGAGCUCGACUGUAAACGAUCGAAUCCGUGUAACGUGACCAAGUUGGAGCAACAUCAAACCUACACCUUCAAAGUGAAGGUCUAUAAUACCAAAAAUCACUCGGAUUACUCCGAGGAGGUUACCGCCACCACGGCGGUGGCGAAGAUACCGGCGCCGCAUAGAGUGAGCUACGAUCCAGAAAGCGGCACGCUUCUUGUUAGCGUGAAUCCCACAUGCUUGGCGAUAGUGGCAUCCAUCGAGAAGUUCGACGGCGGUUCGGAUACUUCGUGGCGAAUUGUCGACGAGUGGCCCCUCGAAGUUCUUGGAACUGCGCCUACUCAAAGGGAAGGAGUAUUGGACGAUCCCGAAACCGUCGACUCGAACCCCCGACUCAGAAUUAGGCUGUGCCUCAAAGCCGACCGGCAGAAGUGCGGCGAGUACGCGGAAGCCGAAAUUGGAUCAUCUUACAUUGCACAAACUAGUGCUUUCGCAACGCCAACUUUAAUCGCGUUGAUAGUAAGCGGAGCAGUUUUUCUACUCUUCGCAGCCUUACUACUGCUGUUCUGCCGAUGCCGGCGAAAACACGCGACGAAGGCAAAAGACUAUGAAAUGGAUUCGAACGCGACACGACCGAGUCUCGUGGCAACUAAUGGCCAGCAAACGCAACCACCGCCGCCGUAUUACGCCGAAAAUAAAGCAUUGGAGCACAGCUUGGAUCACGCUCUGGCUCUCGAAGAUUCGAAGACUCCUGCCUACUCGCAAUCGGGAUACGGUUAUCAUCAGCCUAAUCACAAUAUCAACGGUGUGAAUAUGGGUUACAUGGACAACAGUUACUCGAACUCCAACAACGGCGGCUCCGUAAACUCGCAGGACUCGAUAUGGCAGAUGAAGUCCGCCGCGGCGAACGGCGUUAACCAACCCUACGACCUCGCCGGCUACGGCACCGCGGAGUCCGAUUACCCCACGCACCCUCAUUAUCUCCCGCAACGGGAGGAUUACAGGGAAAGCCAUAAUCUGAGCCGGCAACAGUUCUGCUCGGAGCCCUUCGCCACCGUCGUCAAGUCCCAGAAGCACGUUGACUCGCCUUACGACGUGUCGGGACUGCCGUACCAGGAGAAUUAUGACGAGGACACGAAGCCGCCGCAACAGGUCAGCCUCUCGUACGACGAGAGCCUCGAAUCCGGCUAUUCCACGCCGAACAGGCGUAGGAUCAUCAGGGAGAUAAUCGUUUGAGACCUGCCUACC